CUCCGUAAAGCGCAUGCGCUUGGAUACCUGGGUCACAUAACCAGCGAGCCGCAGAGGGGCUGGCAGAAGGGCAGGGGGAGGGUGAAACGGGUGAUGGGGUGUGGGGUGUUGGGGGGGGAUGUUAUCAUAAACUGCCUGAGAAAUAGCUUUAGGAUUUUGUAGGCAUUCAUUCUAGCACAGCAGCAGGGACGCAUGCAGGGCAUCCGGGCCAGGGCUGGGGGAGUGGGGGCUGCAGGGGGGUGAAGGUGUGCUCACCAAGCCCAGGGAUGCUCCCCUGAGGACCAGCAGGGACCCCUUGGGAGGUGGGAGCCCAGCCCUAAGCAGAGCACCUGCAGCAGGAUGGGCUCUGGGGGGAGAUGGGGCACAGAGCACCCCAAAAUGCACCUUCCUGGCCAUUCCUGUGGCUGCCCGUGCAGGGAGGGGCAGGUCAGACAUGAGGCAGCUCUCUGGAAGCUUGAAGGGCUUUGGUAGGCACAGGUUUUUCUACAGAAGGGCUUUCCUCCAGAAGGGUUUUCCUUCAGAAGGCUUUUCCUUCAAAAGGGUUUUCCUCCAGAAGGGUUUUCCUUCAGAAGGCUUUACCUUCAAAGGGUUUUCCUCCAGAAGGGUUUUCCUCCAGAAGGGUUUUCCUCCAUAAGGGUUUUCCUUCAAAAGGGUUUUCCUCCUUAAGGGUUUUCCUCCAGAAGGCUUUUCCUUCAAAAGGGUUUUCCUCCAGAAGUGUUUUCCUCCAGAAGGGUUUUCCUUCAGAAGGGUUUUCCUGCACCAGCUGGGAAGGGAGGUGAGGAGCAGCUCAGGGAUGCAGCCACAUCCACAGCCUGCUUCAGGGAAGCUGCAUCAGGAGGAAGAAGAGGGAGAUUUUUAAGGCUUAGUCCCAUUUGCAUGACAGUCCCAUUUCCUACCCGAGCAGGGAACUCCACUGUUCCUCACCAGGGUCACUGGAACACUGGAGUUCCUGUUUCCCUCACCCCCACCUGGGCACAGCAGGUGUGUGGAGAAGGGAUUUUAGUGCUGGUUUGGAGAGAAAAUUAUGGAUUUUAGCAAACAACGUCCAUAAAAACAUUUGAGAAAUGUUGCACAUGGGCCAAAGCUUUAAAUCAGGAAAAUGGGAAGAAAUUAUUUUUUUACUGAAAGAUGCAACUGAAGUAACGAUCCUAAAAUGAGAUUUUGCCUGAAGGUUUCUAGGCCUCAAAAGGCAACAGUGAGCUGUGCAGAAAAUCUCCUUCAGCAGCGAUUUGGUGGAAAGAAAAAGGAAAAACUGAGGAAUUUCCUCAUGCUGCCACUUGCUCUGGCAGUUUCCCAGGGAUGGGUGUUGGUGCCCUGAUCCCAAAAUGCAUCAACCUGCUCAUGGUUGGAAGGUUUGGAGGAGAAGGAACCGUUCCAGGAGGGUUUGGAGGAGAAGGGGCCAUUCCUGGAGGGUUUGGAGGAGAAGGAACCGUUCCUGGAGGGUUUGGAGGAGAAGGGGCCGUUCCUGGAGGGUUUGGAGGAGAAGGGGCCGUUCCUGGAGGGUUUGGAGGAGAAGGAACCGUUCCAGGAGGGUUUGGAGGAGAAGGAGCCGUUCCUGGAGGGUUUGGAGGAGAAGGGGCCGUUCCUGGCUGGCACUGCCAUUAGGGAUGGGCUCUGUCCCUGCAGGUGCUCGUGCUGGUGUCCCCUCCCAGCCUGCUGCCCUGUCACCCUGUGCAGGGCCACCCCAAGGCUGACAGUCCCAAACUGGCACCAAACCUGCCCAGGUGCCACCUUUGCCAGCUGGAGCUUGGCCAGCUUUGGGGGGCUGUGGAGGAGCUGGGGGUUCCUGGGGUUCAGCUCAACCCUGAAGCAGAGCAAAGGGAGAGGAGCUGAGUCAGGCUGGGCUUUAUCCCUCUGCCAGGUGUCAGCAGCCAGCUCAGCCUUGGAAUGAGGCAGAUGGCAUAAAAACCUCCCAGGAUGAGGGCAAAACCAAAUUGAUGGGGUUUUACAAACUUUUCCCAACCAAAAAGUUUCUAAUUAGAAAAACAAGACCAAAAAAAAAAAAAAAAAAAAAAGCUGAUGAUUAAUGUGGGAUGAACAGGGCUGCCCAAAGGGAGUGGUUGGAGGAGAGGAAAUCCUUCAGGAGCUGGGUGAGAAUUUGGAGCUGGUUUUGUGGCUCAGGGUGGUGGGUGCUCAGCAGUGCCGGCGUUCUGGGUGCCCUCAGCACCAUCCCUGCUCGUGGAUCAAGGCAUGGAGACAGAUCAACAAACAGAACCCUCCCCUCCACACCUCCAAAGACCAAAUUCCUGCCACAGAUGACAGCUUUAUUCUUCUCCAGCCAUCAGUUUGGAAUUCCCUCUCCUGUUCCAUGCUCUGGGUGGAUGAGAGGAGGAAAGGACCCCUGGCAGGUUUUGUGCAUUGAACCCCCCCCGUGCCCCCUCCCCAGCCACACCCAGCGGGUACCAGGGACACGCUGGGCUCUCACCUCUGCAAUGCCAGCACCAGGAGCUGAUCUUCCUCCCUCCCUCAUCCCUGCCAAGCCCUUGGGGAAGCAGGAGAGCUGCUGUGGACCGUGGUCUUCCUCGCCCGCCCCGCCGGACGUACCUGGACGCGCACCUGAGCUCUCUUUGCACGGCCUUGCUUUGGAAAUUAGGCGGGAUAAUGACGUCUCAUCGCUCUCGGGGGUUUUUUUUUGUAUUUUAUUUUAUUUUUUGUUUUUCUUCACAAAAAAUAAACUCAACCCAAGGAACCCCACGGGAGCAGCGUGGCAGGAGGGCCCAGCUGGCUCAGAGACCCCGGAGAGGAGGCAGCAGUGGAGACCCCCCAGAUCUCAAUGCCCGUCAGGAGAGGGGGGAAAAAACCAAAAAAACCAUUUUUGCUCAUUGACUUCACGCCCUGACUCCCAAGUUCACACUUCUGCCUGGAAGCUGAGAGGCUGGAACCAUGAAACCAAGAGACAAACGCUGGGAUGGGCACAUGCAGGGUCAGAUCUGCCCGGCUGGAUCUGCAGCUGCAGCACUCGACGCUCCCUGGGCUGUGCCACGGGCAAGGAUGGCUCUGGUGCCAUGGGCGAGGAUGGCUGUGGUGCCAUGGGCAAGGAUGGCUCUGGUGCCAGGGGCAAGUGCAGCUCUGGGCUGAUGCCAGGGGCAGGUCCAGCUCUGGAGCUCUGGGUUGGCACCUGCACCCCUGGGCUGUGCCAGGCUCAUGGGGAGGUGGGCAUGCCCAGGUCAGACACGCCGUUGGCCUCACAUCACAGUGAAAGGGUUUGGGGGCUUACCUAG